AUGAAUACAGCUGCAACCAUUCAAGAUUCAGAUCAACAACAAUCGUUGUUCAAUGUCUACCCAACAAAACAACAACAACAACAACAGAAAACAACUUCGUCUACUGAAAGAGUGAUUUCUGCUUGUGCAGGGGCUGUAGCUACUAUGCUUUUCGUGAAUCCAUUUGAUCUUGUCAAAACAAGACUUCAAGAAGUGGCCAAAAUGCCCAACUUGGAAGGACAAUAUUUGGGAACAAUGGAUGGACUGACUAAAAUUGUACGAAACGAAGGAACGUUUGCUUUAUGGAAAGGAUUAUCACCGGGAUUAUUAAUGGCUAUUCCAUCCACUUCAAUAUAUUAUGUUGGAUACGAUUAUAUUCGGGAUCAUACUAGAUCUAGGUUUCAAGGGACUGCCAUGGAUACUUAUGCUCCUUUAUGGAUUGGUGGAUUGGCAAGAACAGUAACUGCCGCUGUAAUCUCUCCUAUGGAAUUAUUUCGUACUCGACUUCAAUCAGCUGAAGGUGCUGGUGGAUUUAAAGAUGCUUUGACAGGUGUACGACUAAUGGUUCAAAAUGAAGGUAUUCUAUCAUUGUGGCGAGGUUUGGUCCCAACCAUGUUAAGAGAUGUUCCUUUCUCGGCUAUUUAUUGGAUGAUGUAUGAAGAACUUAAACGCGAUCUACACGCUGAUCAUCAAAAAACACAUCUGCAACAAUUCCAAUUCUCGUUUUUGGCUGGCGCUACUUCUGGAACAGUGGCAGCAGUAGUGACGACACCCUUUGAUGUAGUCAAGACAAGACGGCAAGUCAGCUCCAAUAAAGAACGACAUCUUUUACGAUUAAUUCAAAACCUAGCUGUCACUGAAGGUAUUCCUGGAUUCUUUAGAGGUAAGCAAAGAGAAAUAAAAAAAGGAAGAGGACAUUACCGUGUUGUAUAUACUAAUUCGUAUUUUAUUAAUAGGGGUUAUUCCUAG